GUAGUCUAUAGAACUGUUUAUGAAACGCGGAAAAAUCGUCAGUGGCAGGAUGACAUGUCAAACCCAGUAUGUGUUAGUUUAUAUAACCUAACACCAGUUCUGCUUUGAACCCUUCACUUUAAGGUUUGCUCGUUUAUGUUUGGCAUGGCCCACACUGACUGCAUGGACUACAAACGCUAACCGGAAGUAGUGUUUUCUGUGCGGAACGGCAGAGAUGAGACUUGUCCGGCCUUUGCACAUCUUGAAGAAUCCGUUUUCUCAAAGACAAACCCAAAACCUAGCGAGGCGAGGCUUGAGCGGUGCAGCAAUGCGCCUGGUGCAGUUUAAACGCCUCAGUGACGGAGGAGGAGGAGAAGUCCGAGUGGGAGUGGAACAAGGUGAAGGUCUGGAUGUGGUGGAUCUGAAGGCGUUCGACCCCUCCAUGCCUUCCACCAUGAAGGAGCUGCUGGAGCUGGGAGACCAGGGUCUGGACCGGGCCCAGAGAGCGGUGGCGUCCGGCCAGUGUGUGCUGAAGCGUUCGGACGUCCGGCUGCUGUCGCCCAUCCUGAACCCAGAGAAGGUGGUGUGUGUGGGGAUGAACUACCGGGACCACUGCCUGGAACAAAACGCCCCCAUCCCCAAAGAACCCAUCAUCUUCAGCAAGUUCCCCAGCGCCAUCACAGGACCGUACGACGACAUCGUCCUGCCCUCAGAGAGUCAGGAAGUGGACUGGGAGGUCGAGCUGGCUUUUGUGAUUGGACGAAAAGGAAAACACAUUAAGGAGGAGGACGCCCUCUCCCAUGUGGCAGGAUUCACCGUGGCCAACGACGUCAGCGCUCGCGACUGGCAGAUGAAACGCAACGGGAGGCAGUGGCUUCUGGGAAAGACGUUCGACAGCUUCUGUCCUCUGGGCCCAGCGUUAGUGACCACCGACGCCGUUCAAGAGCCUCAUCGGCUGGACAUCCGCUGCCUGGUCAACGGAGACACGGUCCAGAGCAGCAACACGGACCAGAUGAUCUUCAACACACAGACGCUGAUCGCAUGGGUGUCCAAGUUUGUGACUUUAACUCCAGGGGACGUGUUCCUGACAGGUACUCCUCCAGGCGUGGGCGUCUUCAGAAAACCACCCGUCUUCCUCAAGAGAGGAGACGUGGUGGAGUGUCACAUCCAGCAGUUAGGCUCAAUAAUCAACAAAGUGGUGUAAUGAAGAGGACGGCCCACACCUGAGAGGAGUCCCACCCACCUGCUACCACCGAUACUAACAGACACAAUAACAGGCUGGUUUGUGUCAUGACAGAACAGCUGAGUCAGCACUGGGUUCACAGCAUAACGUCCUGACUUUAACUGCAACACAUACACACACACACACACACACACACACACACACACACACACACACACACACACACACACACACACUGCAUCACUGUGAACCUGCUGACUUCAUUCAAUUUGGAAUCAUUUGGAUGAAUUGUAAAUAAAGAGUUUUUGCUGCAGAGACAAAU